GUCAAUGCGCUUAGAGGUGCUAGCCGCAGUGGACUCUUCGAUAGUCGGUCGAGCUGCACGGUGCGAGUGUGUGUGCGUCAGAGAGAGAGAGACAGAGAGAGGGAGAGAGACAGAGACGGAGACAAGUGCUGUGAUGUGUCGACAGAGUUAGCCAGCUCCUUCUGCUGCACAGCGUGUGGACGUGAGACGAGGGUGGUGUUCCUCUCGCCCCGCCCACCUUUCUCCGCCUAGCCCAGCCCCGCCCCGCCCCGCCAUGACGCGGGGGGUUGCAGAGGGGUGAGCGGGUCGCCGGACUGCCGCGGGAGACGCUUGCAGAGUCCAGCAGAGGACAACAAGUGGUGAACGGCGCACGGCCGCCGGGCCAGCAAGACUCCACGCCAUGAGCAAGAACGAGGAGGGAAUGACCAGCGGCAGCAGCAAGAGGAUGCUGAGGAUGCACCGGUCGCUAUUGGUCGUCGCCGCCGUCCUCGUGCUCGGAGCGGCGCCCUCCGAGCAGGCGUCCUGGGAGCCCUGGGCGCCGCACGACGCCGACCUCGAGGACCUCGGGAGCCUCAUGCCGGCAGAGAUGUUGACGGCGGCCUCGUCGUCUUCCGGGAAGGUGUCGGUGCUGCCGAGCAAGGCGCCGCUGGGCUGGUCGUGGAACGACCUGAGCACGUCGCUGCAGCGCUGCGAGGCCUCGCGCGGCACCGAGUCCGCCUUCAUGCGCCUCAUGGAGUCCGUCCUCGGCCAGACGGACCACCUGCAGGACCCCCUGCGGCAGCACGCCAAAUCGAUUCUUGAUUGUUUUAAGGAUAUGCGUGGGCACUGA